AUGGCGCCCUUGCCAGAUCAGACAGUCGUUGAAAAAGGGGGAAAAUCCCCCGCCAACACUGGUCUGCUCACCUUGGGGAAAAACCCUCUCAGGGGUGGCACUGGGAACGUGCUGAAAAGGGCAUUACUGGCCCGGUACAACCUUACGGAAGAAGGUUAUCGGAAAAAGUUCCGGGAGAGCGACCAGGAAGCUCAGAAAGAAACACCCCUACAAUUCAUGUGUCGACUCAACGACUGCUUCGACAGAUGGGUCCUGCAAUCAGGGGUGAGUCAUGACUAUGAGGGGUUAAAGUGGCUGAUGGUGAAGGAACAGUUCCUCAAUAAAUGCGCGCGAAUCAGGGGGCAUCGUCAUCUCAGCCUGCCUCCAGGAAUCGAGUUGAUGAUCGCGCUGCGCCGAGGACAGAAGGGAAUCGACGACCACCCACUGGAACUUCGUCUCCCCGAUGCUUCCGGUGCAACCGUAUCGGGCACCGGGCAACAGGAUGCCCCUCGGCACAACAGAGGAAUAGGUGACUUGGACAGCAGAAGCUCACCCGUUACCUUGUAUGCGGGAGUCGGAACCACCGCCGGCAAAGGCAGACUGAAUCUGGUGGAAGGCAAGGUUGGGGGAAGGAAAGUUAACGUCCUCCGCGACACCGGCUGCACUACAGUUAUAGUGAAGGCGAAAUAUGUAAGGGACAGCGAAUAUACUGGAGCCCCUGUCAGGAUAAAGUUGUUGGACAACACGGUCAGGAGGGCAUGGCCAGUACGAAUCUGGAUUGACACCCCAUACCUGCAGGGGCAGGUGAACGGUCUGUGCAUGCCAAACCUCAUUGCUGACCUUAUCAUCGGAGAAAUUCCUGGUGCAGGGCCCCCGGAGCAAACGAAUCAAGUGGCAGGCGCCGCGACGACCAGGGCAGCCGCAAGAAGACAACGGGAGACACUGAAGACCCCCGCCAGCUCGCCGUGCACAUCGCUGAACAAAGCUGAGCUGGUCAAGCAGCAACACCUCGACAUCACUCUAAACAGAUUUAGGAAGCUUACAGAGGUCCGUGGUAAAGGACGGCGUGAGAUAUGGUACGAGAUCGUCGACGACGUCCUUUAUCGUGUUGCAAGCCAUCCAAGAGGGAAACGCGAACAACCUCUCCGACAAGUCGUUGUCCCCACGCCGUUAAGGAGCCAGGUGAUGGAUGUAGCUCACUGCUCUCUCAUGGGCGGUCAUCUCGGCACCAGAAAAACGAAGGACAGGGUCCUUAGUAAUUUCUUCUGGCCCGGUUGUGCAGCCGAUGUCAGACGCUUCUGUCAGUCAUGCGAUGUGUGUCAAAGGACAGUGAAACGGGGUACUGUACCAAAGGUCCCUUUGCAAAAAACACCACUGAUCGACACUCCCUUCAAGCGGGUGGCAGUGGACCUUGUUGGUCCUAUAAAGCCAGCAUCCAGCGAAGGCCACCGAUACAUCCUCACGUUGGUUGAUUAUGCAACCAGGUACCCGGAGGCGGUCCCCCUGAAAAGGAUCACGACUGAGGCGGUGGCAGAGGCCUUAAUGGAAAUCUACAGCCGGCUGGGCAUACCAGAGGAGAUUAUCCAUGACCAGGGAACACAAUUCAUGUCUGACUGCAUGCAUGAGGUGAGCCGUCUGCUCAGUGUGAAGCAGUUGCCUACGACCCCUUACCACCCCAUGAGCAACGGCCUGGUGGAGAAAUUCAAUGGCACCCUCAAGGCAAUGUUGAGUCGUCUGUGCGCAGAGCAGCCCCGACAGUGGCACCGGUACCUGAAUCCCCUACUAUUCGCUUAUCGCGAAGUGCCUCAGGCAUCCACUGGUUUUGCCCCGUUUGAACUCCUAUUUGGGCGUGAGGUUCGGGGUCCCAUGGGAAUCCUGCGGGAGCUGUGGACGGGAGAAAAAAUCGCCCCUCAGGUCAAAACCAGCUACCAAUAUGUGUUCGACCUCCGCAAGAGGAUUGAAGAGACCAUGGCGCUGGCAAGAGGAAACUUAGAAGGAGCCCAGAACCAGUACAAAAAGCAGUACGACCGCAGGACGAAGGCACGUUCGUUCAAGGCGGGUGAUGAAGUUUUGGUCCUUCUGCCGGCCACCCACAAUAAACUGCUAAUGCAGUGGAAGGGGCCCCUGAGAGUGGAAGCUCGCCGAGGCAAUGUAUACCAGCUAAGAGUGGGUAACAAAUUGAAGGCCUUCCAUGCCAACCUCCUGAAAGGGUACGUCAGACGUACAGACUGUGCAGCUGACCAGCAGCCUACGACCACCUGUGGCGACUCCAACACGGACCUGCCCCCUGCUCAUAACAUUGAGAAUGCUGCAGCUGCAGUGAUCGAAUGGGAGGAGGACAACAGUGAGGACGCAAUCCCGGGAGAUCUCCUAGAGGCCCUCGAUCGGACGGACUCAAGCUCGCAAGGUCACGUCAAGAUUGGGACAACAGUUAUCCCAACUUCAGCACUCGGAACUGGGCUCAGGGAAGCCCUUCAAGGCGAGGUACAAGACAUGUUGGAUACGGGAAUCAUCCGGGAAUCCCGGUCGCCGUACGCAUCGCCAGUCGUGGUGGUAAAGAAAAGAGAUGGCACCUAUCGGGUGUGUGUGGACUACCGCCAGCUAAACAAAAAGGUCGAGUUUGAUCCCAUGCCCAUGAGCACCGCAGAAGACCUACUGCACAAGCUAGGAGGGGCAAAAUACUUCACCAAGAUCGACCUGAGCAAGGGAUACUGGCAAAUACCGGUAGCCGAAGAAGACAUUCACAAGACUGCUUUCGUAACCCCAGAUGGACAGUACGAAUUCCUGCGGAUGCCAUUCGGAUGGUGA